AUGAGCUAUAUUAAAUUGAACGAUAUAAGUAAGGACUACCUUAGUGGAAUGUGUUUGGUUGGAGAUGAGCUGAGCCAGUUAAUUGUGACGAGUUGGGACGGGACGGUUUCUUUAUAUGAUUGGGAACAAAACAGUUUACUCGGAAGGCUGCGCCACGAAUAUGCGUUAACCAGUGUGGCGAUGUGCCAAGGGUUUAGCAAGUGUUAUGUGGGAAGUGUGCAAGGAGAGAUAUUGGAGGUGGAUUGGGAGUCGGAAAAACUGGUUCCGGUUUCCAGCGUGUCAUGCGAGUUAGGUAUUGCGGCUAUGGGUAGCUACGGGCAUUAUCUGACUGUGGGAUCGUGGGAUAGCAGUUUUAUAGUUCUUGAUACACGAAGGAAUUCCGUUAUAGUGCAUCAGAAUCUGUCGGGGAAAGUUUUGUCUUUAGAUUGUUCGGAAAACAAGGUUGCGGUGCUGACCACUGCGGGGAUCUUUGUGUAUCAUACGAAUGAAAUUGGCAGUUUGCCAGUACGAAAAGAUUCAGGGUUGAAAUACCAGUCAAGAUGUAUAAGACUGAUCCCUAAAGAUUUGGGAUAUGUUCAAAGUUCGGUGGAUGGGCGCGUGGCGGUUGAGUUUUUUGAUGAUAAUGAAAGCAAGUUUGCCUUUAGGUGCCAUAGGUUAAAUUUGAAGGAUAUGCAGUUAGUUUCUCCUGUCAAUUGCAUGUGCUUCAAUCCUACUACAUCUAUGUUGUAUACAGGUGGUUCUGAUGGUAAGAUUUUUGUGUGGAAUCUAGUUACGAGAAAGAAGUCUGAAGAACUAGCGAAGCUGGAUGAUAGUAUAGUCGCCAUGUGCUGCAACAAGAAGGUGCUAGCUGUUGCAGUUAGUGACGACUCCUUUAAAACUUCCGCUGCAGUAGAAGAUAUAGGUUUGCAGAGUAGUAAAGUUUGCCUCAAAAUAUUAGGCAACGCUUCCACUCCGUAG